AUGUGGACAAUAGAGUAUGUUCAAGUGCCAGAUAAGAUCAACGAAAAAAUAAAAACUACCAUUAAUACUCCAAUGAAAGGUGAUAGAAAUAGUCAUAACAAGGAAGAAGUCACUGUAAAACCAGUUUGGGAAUACGAAGAACGAAUCGGCACAUCAAAGAAAGAAUUAGGAAUUUUAUCUAAAAGUGGAUCUGAAAGUAGUUUAUCAGAAUCUGAUAGCUUACAAAAAGUGACACAAAUAUGUCAUGAGGAAGAACAGUAUUCUAAUAAUAGUUCAACCCAUGAACCUAAACAAAAAUUUCAUUUUCAAAUUAAUUCAUCAAGUAUUGUUUUAAAACAUAAAAGCCGUGAGAAGUUACUCUUCACAAAAAAUCAUACACAAACUGACAGUGGGGAGAUGUGGACAAUAGAGUAUGUUCAAGUGCCAGAUAAGAUCAACGAAAAAAUAAAAACUACCAUUAAUACUCCAAUGAAAGGUGAUAGAAAUAGUCAUAACAAGGAAGAAGUCACUGUAAAACCAGUUUGGGAAUACGAAGAACGAAUCGGCACAUCAAAGAAAGAAUUAGGAAUUUUAUCUAAAAGUGGAUCUGAAAGUAGUUUAUCAGAAUCUGAUAGCUUACAAAAAGUGACACAAAUAUGUCAUGAGGAAGAACAGUAUUCUAAUAAUAGUUCAACCCAUGAACCUAAACAAAAAUUUCAUUUUCAAAUUAAUUCAUCAAGUAUUGUUUUAAAACAUAAAAGCCGUGAGAAGUUACUCUUCACAAAAAAUCAUACACAAACUGACAGUGGGGAGGUCCCAAUGAG